AGUCAAAACAAAAUCAAAGAAUGAGUCGAUAGAAACUUUUAGUGAUUAUUUUAAAAUUUAUUUUAAUCUUAAAGGGAUUGAAUCAAUAAUUUAGAUACAUCAAAUUACCUUUUAGAAUUAAAUUUGCUUAUCAAGCAAAACUACAAUUUCAUCAAUCUUCACACCUCUUAUAAUAACUAAUGGAGUUUUCUAUUGGUUUAUAACCAAAAAAAGGUUUUGUUUACUAUAUCUGUGACAGCUAUGGUCGUUUGUAACCAUAAUCACUUAUGGUUGCUGAUAUUACUAGCUACUAAAUUUAUAGAUCAAUCUUCAUCUGGAAAAUGUCCAAGAGUAGCUGGAGGAGAUCAAGUGAGAUCCAAGGAAGCACCUUACGUGGCUUUGUCCCUACAUCCUGAGAUCCGUUGCACGGCAGUGAUAGUAUCAGAGGAGUGGGUGCUUGGAGCUGCUCACUGCUACUUCAACCACGACACAGAGGUGUCUCCUCGCGACAUCAACAUUGUGACAGGCAUCGUGGACCUCAACAACCAGACCGAUCUCAUUCACAGACAAGAGCGGAGGGCAUCCCGGAUCAUUGUGCACUCUCAGUUCAAAGAAAAGAAACUGGGCCAAAACGACGUAGCUCUGGUCCAACUAGAAACCCCUCUCCACUUCGACAACCAUACCCAGGCCAUCCCACUGAGUGAGGCCCCCUUCCCCCGCCACCAAUGGAAGCUGUGCACUGUGGUGGGGUGGGACACUGAGGAGAAUGUGACAGCCACCCAUCUGGUGAAGCUGGACGUGAGCGCGAGUCACUCGAGGGACGCAUGCCAUGGCUUGAGCGACGCACAGCUUGCUUCACUCAUCUGUGUGCCCGAACAGGUGAACGGGGGAGGCUUGUGUGACGGCGAUUCUGGGGGGCCGUUGGUCUGUGAUGGGAAACUAGUGGGCAUAUCGCACCAGGUGUACAAAGAGAUCUUCUCAGACAAGGACAGCCUGAGAUGA